GGGUCCUGUAUCGGUCCCAUAUCUGUCUUCUUCUCACUUUUCUUCGCUUGCUUUCUCUCUAUAUCUCUCUCGAACCCAAAAAAAAAAAAAAAAACCCCAAACGCCAACCAAAAAAAAAAAAAAAAAAAAAAAAACAAAACCUCGUUUCUGUUGGUUCGGUCAAAUCUCAGCCAUCGAUCCAAAAAACAUAUUUAUUUAUUAUUUAUUAUUAUUAUUAUUUUCUUCAAUCUUUUUCUGGGAGACCGAAAAAUGGUACGAGCGUCACAUCGGAACCCCAUGACCUCCUCCUCUUCAUGCUCCGAACUCUGCCACCUCGGAUAAUGGAACUCAACGAUUCAAGCAGCGACGAACUCAGAGACCCUAAGCCUGCCGAGCCUACUCGCUCCGUCCUUGGCAUCGAUCUCAAUGAGAUCCCUUCCCCUGCCGCCGAAACCCUACCGGAAUCUAUCGACGUCGUUCGCUCCUACCACGACCAUCUGUCGCCUCCGCCCGGCGGUCCGGCCGGUUUCCCCGGAGUUUCUCGUGGUUCCGCUUGCGCCGCCUGUGGGAAGCCAGAGGUCCGUGGUCCCGUGGUCGUCUGCGACGGUUGCGAGCGCGGCUUCCAUCUUGGUUGCGCGGGAAUGCGUGGCCGUCAGGCCGUGAGUUUGGAUGAGUGGGUUUGCGGUGACUGUAUGCUCAGUGGUGUAAGGAGUAAGCGUUGGCCUCUUGGGGUUAAGUCCAAGCGGAUUUUGGAUAUCAAUGCAUCGCCGCCUAGUGACGGCGACGCCGAGGGUUCUGAGGAGGUGAUCGAUUUGAGAAAGCACACUCCAGGUGGUAAUUCUUUUGGUGGCAAUCCAUUUGGUGCCCCAGUGACAUAUUCAAACUUUUUGUACACGGGAAACGGAUUUGGAUUUCAGAAGGCUUCUGGAAUUGUAACAAACACAGUUAAAGUGGGUUUAGAAGAUAUAUUGCACCAUCCACAAACUCGGGAUAGAAGUUUUGAUGACGUAGAUCUUAAUUCCCCACUGGGAAGUUGUAGACAUAGUAGCAAUAUGGCUUUUAGAUUACAAACACGGAAUCCAAGUGACAUAUUUCUGCAAGCUCUUAGAGAUUUCAUUUCUGAAAGGCAUGGUGUACUGGAUGAAGGUUGGCGUGUAGAAUUUAAACAGUCUAUGGGUAGUUGUGAAGUGUAUGCAGUUUACUGUGCUCCAGAUGGGAAGACAUUUGAUUCAGUUUAUGAAGUUGCAUGCUAUCUCGGCUUGAUGUCUAACUACAAUUCGAAGCAACCUGGUCAGGGGUCUCUGUCUGUAUCAGAAAAAAAUAAUCUACCUAGAAAAAGAAAGGCUACAAGAUGUCCAAUCACCAAUGGAUUUGCUGAAAAGGAAGCUUUUGGUGGUAGUCUUUAUAAGGAGGUCUCAUCCAAUGGCCCAAGUAUGGGAUUCUGUACCAGUACUUUUGGCAAUAAUGCAAAACUUGCAGAGGCUCCUGCAGACAGUAACAGUGGUUUCGAGUCUCAGCAAGAUAUUGAGGGGCUUCCUGUGCAGUUUGAAGACUUCUUUCUUCUUUCUUUGGGAAAGAUUGACACGAGGCCUGCUUAUCAUGAUGCUAAUUGUAUCUGGCCUGUAGGUUUUAGAUCUUGUUGGCAUGAUAAAAUUACUGGUUCUGUUUUUAUAUGUGAAGUUUUGGAUGGUGGAGAUUGUGGACCUGUUUUUAAGGUCAGAAGGUGUUCAUGCUCUGUCUUGCCGAUUCCAAUUGGUUCUACUGUCCUCUCUCUGCCACAACUUGGACAAUUUUCUUGUGAAAGUGAUGAAGAAAAUGACAACGUGGCUUGUGAUAUUGAUGGCAGUAUUCAGAUGAUUCUUUCUGAUCUUUGUCCACCAAUGGAAAAUGAUAUUUUGUCUUGUCUGAGAAGUUGUUCAAAUAGAAGUGGUGAUCUUCAGAUGUCAAAUGAAUUAAAUCUUGAAGCUUGUUUGGCUCAUGAAAAAUCAGAAAAGAUUUUGUCUGGUGAGAUGGGUUUGAGAGACGAAAUCGGUGAAAUUUCAGUAGAAGAGCAGUCGUCAGCUGCUGCAUGGAGAAUGAUCUCACAAAAACUUGUUAAUGCUUGUUCAGAAAUUUUUAAACAGAAAGGUACUCUAAAAUUUUUCUGCAAGCAUGUUAUAAAUGUUGAGGACAUCUCAAACUGGGCUAUGAAAAAUGAUUGUAGCAAAGGGAACUAUGCUUCACUGGACAAGUUUCUUAGUUCACCAGUUUCUUUCAGCAUUCCAUCUGUAAUACAGGCUGAAAAUGAGCUGGAAACUUUGUCUGAUGUACUGGCUAAAUGGCUCGAUCAGGAUAGAUUUGGAGUAGAUAUGGAAUUUGUGCAAGAGAUUUUAGAACAGCUUCCUGGGGUCCAGUCUUGUUCACAAUAUCAAUUCCUUAGUGAUAGAAAUACCUAUUCUACAUCACUAACCAUUGGGAAUCGACUCCUAGUGAUUAAAAAGGGAGUUGGGAUACAAGGCAAGGAAAAAGAAAAAUUGGAUGGUUUAUUUAGGAGAUCCAACAAAGCCAAGUUGGUAGAAGACCAUAUCAUGGUCGAUGACCAGCCUCCUCCCGGGAAGCAGUUGUGCUUCAGGGUUCCUCCUGAACUUGUUGGUGAUGUUUAUCAGGUGUGGGAACUGCUUUGUCGUUUUUAUGAAAUUUUGGGUCUGAAAAGGCCUCUGUCAUUGGAAGAACUUGAAGAGGAACUGAUCAACCCUUGGUUUGAUAGCUCAGAUCUUUUAGAGAAGUUUGGGAACGAAAUUUAUGGCAUCCAUGUUUCAAAUCCACAUGGGGUUGAGUGUUCAGGUGGUCAAAUAUUAUCAUCAAACUGUGAGUCUGGUGUGGAAGUUUCUUCAGAAAAUCCACAUGCAUUUAUUCAUAUGGAAACAGGGGCAAUGAAGGAGGCAGCUGAGACUAAACUUGCAUCUUUCACAUACAGCAGAUGUUCUGGUGUGGCUUUGACAAAAGCACACAACUCAUUGCUAAAAGUGCUAGUAAGUGAACUGCAGUCCAAGGCUGCUGCAAUUGUAGAUCCUAAUUUUGAUUCCGGAGAACUUAAACCAAAAAGGGGAAGAAAGAAAGAUGUUGAUAGCUCAAUUCAUAUGAAAAAAAACAAGCUUACUAUACUCCCUAUUAAUGAACUAACUUGGCCGGAAUUAGCGAGGAGAUAUAUCUUGGCUGUUUUAUCUAUGGAUGGUAACCUUGAAUCUGCUGAGAUUGCUGCACGUGAAAGUGGUAAAGUAUUUCGCUGCUUGCAAGGGGAUGGUGGUGUGCUUUGUGGCUCACUUACUGGCGUGGCUGGGAUGGAAGCAGAUGCACUGCUACUUGCAGAGGCUAAGAAACAAAUUUUUGGUUCACUAAAGAGAGAAAAUGAUAAGAUUACCAUAGAAGAUGAAGGCUCUGAUGCAAAUGGUCCUUGUGAAAAGAAUUUGGUGAAUAACGGUAACAUCCCAGAGUGGGCACAAUUGCUGGAGCCCGUUAGAAAGCUACCCACAAAUGUGGGAACAAGAAUCAGAAAGUGUGUUUAUGAUGCUUUGGACAAGGGUCCACCAGAUUGGGCAAGAAAAAUAUUGGAACAUUCAAUCAGUAAGGAAGUCUAUAAAGGCAAUGCAUCAGGGCCGACAAAGAAAGCUGUUCUUUCAGUUCUGGCAGAUGUUUGUGGUGAAGGGUUGCCACCAAAGUCUGACAAGCGAAGAAAAAAGAGGACUGUUAUCUCUAUAUCUGAUGUUAUCAUGAAACAAUGUCGCAUUGUAUUGCGAAGUGCGGCUGCUGCAGAUGAUUCAAAGGUUUUCUGUAAUUUGCUGGGGAGAAAACUGAUAAAUUCUAGUGAUAAUGAUGAUGAGGGACUUCUUGGAUCCCCAGCCAUGGUAUCAAGGCCUUUGGACUUCAGGACUAUUGAUUUGAGGUUGGCGUAUGGGGCGUAUGGUGGUUCACAUGAAGCUUUUCUUGAGGAUGUUCGGGAGUUGUGGAGUAUUGUACGUAAUGCUUAUGGAGACCAGCCUGACUUGUCUGAAUUGGCUGAGACAUUAUCCCAAAAUUUUGAGUCAUUGUAUGAGAAGAAGGUUGUUACUCUCGUCCAGAAAUUUGAAGAGUAUGCAAAGUUGGAAUUUUUGAGUGCCGACAGAAAGAAAGAAAUAGAUGACUUACUUUCUUCCACAAGUGAGAUUCCUAAAGCCCCUUGGGAUGAGGGAGUCUGUAAAGUAUGUGGCAUCGAUAAAGAUGAUGACAGUGUUCUGCUGUGUGAUACUUGUGAUGCUGAGUAUCAUACUUACUGUUUAAAUCCCCCUCUUGCAAGGAUCCCAGAAGGAAACUGGUACUGUCCUUCCUGCAUUGUUGGUAAACGUAUGGCUCAAGAUGCAUCAGACAAUAUUCAGGUCAUUCAGCGGCGUGCUGGUAAAAAAUAUCAGGGAGAAGUUACCCGUGUUUACAUGGAGGCACUUUCACAUUUGGCAGCAAAAAUGGAAGAAAAGGAGUACUGGGAAUUUACUGUUGAUGAGAGAACCUUCCUACUUAAGUUUUUAUGUGAUGAGUUGCUUAACUCAGCUGUAAUUCGUCAACAUCUUGAGCAGUGUGCUGAGACAUCAAGUGAAUUGCAGCAGAAAUUGCGAUAUCUUUCUGCAGAGUGGAAAAAUCUUAAGUCGAGGGAAGAGACCUUGGUUGCAAGAGCUGCAAAGCUUGACCCUAGUGUGCCCAAUGCUCUUGGAAAAGUUGGUUUAAAGGAAGGGCUUUCUACUUCACUUGCAAACCAAGACAGAGAUCUCGGUCAAUCACAUUCUUUGACUGAUAGGCCUAACUCAGGUAAAUUAACUGAUGAUCUGCCAACUCUAGAAGGUGGCCAAGAAGGAAUUGUGCUCAGUGGCCUUGAUGUACAGUCAUCUGGAACUAACUCAGAGUGUAAUGCCCAGACUCCUUUAGACAAAAGCCAGUCAAAAGAUGUUGAUGCUGCUACAGAUGACUGUAGUGCUGCUGCAAAUAUUAUAGACUCUCAGACGAACGAUAAAUCAAGUCAGGCAAUUGAGUUGUCUGGAUCAAAUUCUUUGCCACAUGAACCUGAAGGUUCUGACAGAGCAAUCUGUUCCCCAGGGAACCCACAAGAAUACGCAGUAAGGGAUAUUUCGAGUCUUCCAUCUUUAGAUCAGCAUGGGCAUUCUGUCCCUUUAGAUGUGAGAAGCAAUCAUGUGGCUCACAAUAUUCCCCCUGUUGCUGUGAAUGAGUCACAAACCGACCAUAGUGAGUUGAACUCCAAGAAUGAUAUUUCACUUUUACAGGAGUCAAUUAUAAGUACAGAAUUGGAGCUUCUGAAGGUAUCUUUGCGGAGGGAGUUCUUGGGUAGUGAUUCUUGGGGUCGCUUGUACUGGGCUUCUGCCACACCUACUGGACAUUCUCGGAUUGUUGUUGAUGGAGGUAUGGAAUUGAAGGACGGCAGAAAGAUGACAGAUCAUAGACAAGCUGUGGGGAAGGGUCUUCGAAGUACUGUUCCAUUUGAUGAUAGUCAUUUGCAUCUAGAGGGGUCAAAAGCUGGCUGUCCACAUCAGUAUAAAUCAAACAAUGCUGUUGCUAUUCAUUCACCUUGGGUUUCAUAUCAAACUGAUGCAGAAAUCAAUGAACUUGUUGGUUGGUUAAAGAAUAGUGAUCCAAAGGAAAGAGAACUGAAAGAGUCUAUUUUGCACUGGCAAAAGCUAAGGUUCCAAGGCUUCCAGAGAAAUAGAACUGAAGAUCAGGAUGAGCUUACUGAAUUGUCAGCUGCUGCAAAUGGUGAAAAAGCUGCAUUUUCGAAUUGUCUCAUUACUAAGGCUGCUGCUUUGCUUGAGAAGAGAUAUGGUCCAUGCUUUGAAUUGGAAAUUUCUGACUUAAAAAAGCGGGGAAAGAAGGCUAGGGUAACCAAUGAUGAAAAGAUGUACCGGUGUGAAUGCUUAGAACCCAUUUGGCCUUGUAGGCACCAUUGCUUCUCUUGCCAUAAAACCUUUUCCAAUGAUGCUGAACUUGAGGGUCAUAAUGAUGGCAGGUGCAAUUCAGCUCCGCUGAUCUUUGAGAAGGGCAAGGAAAUAAAUGAUUCUUCAAAAGUUAAGGGCAGUUUGAAAUCUGAAACUAAACGUGAAGAGUGCAAAGGUGAAAUGAAUAGGAUUGAUACUGUAAAACCUGGGUUUCCUGAGCUUGGUGCAAAGUUGAUUAAGUUUCAGAAUGAGGGGUUAGUCUGUCCAUAUAGCGUUGAAGAGAUAUGCUCCAAAUUUGUGACUAAAGAUUCAAACAAGGAUCUGAUACAGGAAAUAGGUCUUAUUGGUUCGAAGGGGAUUCCAUCAUUUGUCCCAUCUGUAUCUCCUUUUGUCAGUGAUUCAACACUAGCAUUAUUGUCUCAGAAAGAUGUAGGUAUGCGAGGUGAUGGGACUGAGGUAACUGAAAGGCCAAUUUCAUUAGGAAACACUAAUAAGACUACUUCUGCUCAUGACAGCUUGUCUGAUAGAUCUCCUAGAAAAUCUUGUGUGAAUGAAAUUGGUGAGGUGCUAAAAUCCCGUAGAACAACUUUUAGUUGUCUGGAACAAAUAGAUAGGAGACACUUUUCAGAUGGUCAUUCUUUAGUUGUUGGGGUUGGAAGCUGUUGUGUGGUUCCACAGUCUUCUUUGAGGCCAUUAGUUGGUAAAGUAUCUCAGAUUUCAAGGCGACUCAAGAUCAAUCUUCUUGAUAUGGAUGCUAUGCUGCCUGAAGAAGCCUUGAAACCAUCGAAGUCACACUUGGAAAAGAGGUGGGCCUGGCGUGCCUUUGUUAAAUCUGCAAUGACGUUGUAUGAGAUGGUUCAAGCAACAAUCGUAUUGGAGGACAUGAUUAAGACGGAGUACUUAAGGAAUGAGUGGUGGUAUUGGUCAUCAUUCUCUGCUGCUGCAAAAGUUUCCACCAUUUCUUCCCUUGCCCUGCGUAUAUAUGCUCUUGAUGCUGCUAUUAUAUAUGAGAAUUUCGCUUCCAACUCAGAUCCGACUGAUAAUUUGGAAUCAAGCAGCAUGUUCGAACAGAAGCUAAUGCCCACUUUGGAUUCAGUAGAAAAAACUAGGGUAACCAGGAAGUCUAACAAGAAGAGAAAGGAACCAGAGGGUUGAUUUUUCAGUUCACAUGGCAUGUAUCGAGAUUGAAUCAAAGCCAAUGGCUAGAAUGCAGCAGCAGUUGCCGUGUGUUGAAUGGAAAUGAUUAUCAAACCACUUCUUUGGGGAUUAUUAAACCCGCAUUUUUGGGUUCUAUUGGAUGAUAAGCCAUGAAACAAUGUCUACAAGGCUGAAAAAGGUUGCCUCCCACCCCAGCCGCCGCUCCGGCUGUUGCUGCUGAAUUAUGGAUGUGUACAUAGAGGUAAAGCUGACAUGCUAACUGGGAUAUGCUGGAUUUGGAGCAGAGUUUAUAGGAUUGUCUGCUUCAAGGGUCGGACGCCAGGAUAUAAGUUUAAUAUUAUAUCAUUCAUUCGGAUGCAUCCAUUUUUUGACUUAUUACUGCUGCAUCUUUCAGAGUUGUUGCCUGAAAAGAAAGACGGUUUGGAGUGAUAUUCUAAAGAAGAGCGAGAUCCUUUUUAGCAGAUAGGGGGGGGGGGGGGGGGGGAAGAGACAGAGAAAGAGAGAGAGCGAAAUCCGUAUACAUAUAUACAGGAUGAUUUAAUUAAUGUAAAAUAGAACCGGAAGGGGAAAAAAAAAAAAAAAAAAAAAAAAAAAAAGGGGGAAAACGGGAAAGGUGUCGAAGCUAAUCAGGUUUAGGCAAUUUUUCAUUCUUUAUACAUAACUAUCUAUGUCUCUUUCUCUCUUACUGCGUCUCUGUCGGUCUCGCGGGAUUUUUAUCAAAUGGUAGAUCAGGGCAGGACGGCUAAAGGCUUUUGCCUAAAGCCCUAGGAAAAUAUGCGCCUGAAAAAAAUAUAUCUUCUACGAUCACUGUGGUUUUGAUUUUUUUAAUAUAACUAAAUUAUUUUUUUUUA